AUCAUCUUCCUCCUUCUUCAUCUUCACCAUCAAAGUCUCUCUCUUCUUCUCACACAUAACAUAAGAGGACAAAAAAAAAUGUGUGCCUUAACACCAAUGUUUCCAAGUAAGCAACAAGAAUGGUACUCUGCUUCAACAAUGGAGUAUCCAUGGCUGCAGUCUCAAGCUGAUUCCUUUUCUCCUACUCUCCAAUAUCUUCCUUCUUUCCUUUAUCCUUUAGAUGAUUCCAAGAGCCAUAACAUCAAUCAUCAUAUGAGUCUCAGCAAUGAUACUAACAGUAACAGUAAUAUUAAUGGUCAAGAAGAAGUUAGAGGAACGGUUUUGGAGAAGAAACUGAAUCACAACGCAAGCGAACGAGACCGCCGUAGAAAGCUUAACGCCUUGUACUCUUCACUUCGUGCUCUCUUGCCUCUUUCUGACCAAAAGAGGAAGCUGAGCAUUCCGAUGACGGUAGCGAGAGUGGUGAAGUACAUACCAGAGCAGAAGCAAGAACUUCAACGUUUGUCUUGGAGAAAAGAAGAGCUCUUGAAGAGAAUCUCGAGAAAAACUCACCAAGAACAGCUGAGAAACAAAGCAAUGAUGGACUCCAUAGAUUCCUCUUCCUCCCAACGGAUCGCAGCAAACUGGCUCACUGACACUGAGAUUGCUGUCCAGAUUGCUACAUCGAAAUGGACAUCUAUCUCUGACAUAUUGCUUAGGUUAGAAGAAAACGGGCUUAAUGUCAUAAGCCUCUCUUCUUCGGUUUCUUCAACCGCAAGGAUCUUCUACACUCUACAUCUUCAGAUGAGAGGAGAUUGCAAAGUGAGACUGGAGGAACUCAUCAAUGGUACGCUCUUGGGAUUAGGCAAUCAUAAUGAGAGAUAUGAAGAGUUUUAAAGAGUGAAUCUUGUUAGUUUAUGUUAGACUUUUUUCAUAUUUUAGAAUUGUAAUCUUCUGUAACAUUUGUUUUUCUGACUAAUGAUUAUUCAACUGGAAAACUUAUUCAAUAAAGAGAAUUUGCAAAU